GUGUUUCCCAUUUAAACAAACAGUGCCGAAGAUGGCGGAGAGUUAAUGGUGUAAAAGAAGAAAUUAUCGAUCCGGUGCAGAAGCGAUAUACCUCCACCAGACUCCAUUGACCAGCCCACAUAGGACCACACCCCCAGAGAGAGGGGAGAGGGGAUCUGAUCGUCCAUCAUCUCGGGCGCCGUCACAAGGUGCUGAUAUGUGUACACGAUGAGCGGAUUGGGGGAGAACUCCAUGGAGCCUCUGAGCUCAGAAAACCGGAAACGCAAGCUCUCCACUUGUGACACGCCUGGUCUGGGGUGUGAGAGGAAGCGACGGGAGCAGGAGAGCAAAUACAUCGAGGAGCUAGCAGAGCUGAUCUCCGCCAACCUCAGCGACAUCGACAGCUUCAACGUCAAACCAGACAAAUGUGCCAUCCUCAAAGAGACGGUGCGGCAGAUCCGCCAGAUCAAAGAGCAGGGGAAAGCUUCAUCCAACGACGACGACGUCCAGAAGUCAGACGUGUCCUCGACGGGUCAGGGGGUCAUCGACAAGGACCACCUGGGGCCUCUCCUCCUGCAGGCUCUGGACGGCUUCCUGUUUGUGGUGAACCGGGAGGGAAGCAUCGUCUUUGUGUCGGACAACGUGACGCAGUACCUGCAGUACAAACAGGAGGAGCUCAUCAACACCAGCGUGUACAAUAUUCUCCAUGAGGACGACAGGGAGGAGUUCCACAAGAACCUGCCCAAGACAAACAUAAAUGGAGUGUCGUGGGGGAGCGAGGCGGCCCGACAGAAGAGUCACACCUUCACUUGCCGGAUGCUGGUCAAGUUUGGCCACGCCCACGGCCCCAUGGAGGAGGGGCCAGGAGGGCCACGCUACGAGACCAUGCAGUGUUUUGCUCUUACCCAGCCCAAAGCCAUGAUCGAGGAGGGGGAAGACCUUCAGUCAUGUAUGAUCUGUGUGGCCCGUCGGGUGACAGCCAUGGAGAGAACGGAGAGUUUCAACACCCGACAUGAGCUCUCAGGUAAACUGAUCCAGAUCGACCAGAACUCUCUGCGAGCGUCGAUGCGUCCAGGCUGGGAGGAUUUGUUGAGGCGUUGCAUUCAGAUGUUCCUUCAGCACAGUGACGGGCAGCCCUGGUCGCACAAACGCCACUACCAUGAGGCCUUCCUACAGGGUCACGCUGAGACACCCUUGUACCGCUUCUCCCUGUCCGACGGCACUCCAGUCACAGCGCAGACCAAGAGCAAACUGUACCGCCACCCCAUGAGCAACGAGCCUCAAGGCUUCAUCUCCACUCAUCUACUCCAGAGGGAACCAAACGGCUACCGCUCAGCUCAGGGUGGGAGCAUGAUGCCGAACCCUAUGAGACAACAGGGCAUGGGAGGCCCCAACCCGAAUGCCCAAAUGAACAUGAACGCCGGUGGGGGGAUGGGCAUGGGCGGCAUGGGCAACAUGAGCAGGGGCUUCGGCAUGAACGAGCAGGGCCACAUGGGUCACAUGGGUCCGAUGGGAGGCGGCUCUAUGUACGGUGGGGGCGGGGGAGGAGGAGGAAGUGGAGGUGGAGGCAUGGGCAACCGAAUGAUGCAGAUGAAUCAGAUGGGGCAGAUGAGUCAGGUGGGGCACAUGAAUCAGAUGGGGCCCAUGAAUCACCCGGGCCAAGGCAUGCCGCAGCACCCACAGCAGCACCCACAGCAUCACCCACAGCAGCACCCACAGCAGCACCCUCAGCAGCACCCUCAGCAGCACCCUCAGCAGCACCCACAGCAGCACCCACAGCAGCCCCCGUUUCAGAGCAGCGGAGGGUUUGGGUUGAGUGGCAUGAACAGCCCUUCAGGAAGCCCCAGAAUGGGCGGCCCCCAGCAGGGACUCCUGAUGUCGCCCGACCGAGGGAGCCCAAAGAUGGGCGCCAACCAGUUCUCGCCCGGAGGCAUUCACUCUCCCAUGAGUGGCAUUGUCAGUGGUGGAGGAAGUGGGGGCAGCACCACCACCUUCUCCAGCAGCUCCCUAAACGCCCUACAAGCGAUCAGUGAAGGAGUAGGGAGCUCCCUCCCCUCAACGCUAACGUCGCCUUCGCCCGCCCACAAACCAGACAGCUCUCCUAGUAUCCACUCCUCUUCCUCUUCCUCUCAGCCCAGUCAGCCGGCCAAACCAGGCCAAGAUGGAUCCAAAAGCCCAGCGGGAGGCUUAGGGUCUGGGCCCGGUGACCACCACCACCCCAUGCACCAUCACCACCAUCAUCAGCAUCCCCAGGCUGAGAGUUCAGGGGACCGACCAGACAGCCAGGCAGCUACGGCAACAAAAGAGGCUGGAGAGGGAAGCAAUGAGGCGGGGGUGGCGAGCUCUGAACCCCCUCGGAGGGUGCCAGACAGUAAAGGGCAUAAGAAGUUGCUGCAGUUGCUGACUUCCCCAACUGAGGAGCUGGGAAUAGGAGGCAGCGGGUCAGCAGGGCCCCCUGUGCCACCCCCACCAACCAGUAGCAGCACUCCUGCAGGCUCAGACGCUAAGGACCCCACUGGAGGCAUGACAAGCCCCUCGUCUACCGGCGUGUCCUCCUCGUCCUCAGCCGGUGCCAAUCCAGGCCAGGCCACCGGACCGGGGGGCGUGUCAACAUCACUAUCGUCAGCCCACUACACGGGCUCGCUGCAGGAAAAGCACAAGAUCCUCCACAAGCUCCUUCAAAAUGGAAAUACUCCAGAUGAAGUGGCUAAGAUCACAGCAGAGGCUACAGGAAAGGUGACACUCGGGGGCCAGGAGGGCGGCGAGGCCGGGACAGGGGGAUCGGGGGCCGGGUCCGGGCCGGGGUUGGUCGCAGAGCCCAAGCAGGAGCAGCAUAGUCCCAAAAAGGAGAAGACACACGCCCUCCUCCACUACCUCCUCAACAAGGACGAUUCCAAAGAGCCAGUGGACGUCAAGCCGAAACUCGAAGAGCUGGAUGGGAAGGGAGCCCCCGGGGCCGCUGGCGGUCCAGCUCGGGGGGGACCUGGAUCUGGACCCGGCCCUGCACCAGAACAUCCUGAGAGCAAGAUUAAGUCAGAGCCACCUGAUGAUCUGCACAACCUGGAGUCUAUCCUCGGUGAUCUGAGGGGUUCAAGCUCUGACUUUUACCCGGAUCAGGCUGGAGGUGGAGGCGCUAACGACACAGGAAGCAAACCCCAGGGUUGCCUUGACGACAGCCUGCAGGGGAGUCCAGGAAUGGGUCCGGGGCCUCGGGGGCCCUUCCAGAGGGCCUUGUCCAUGGACGGGAAGCCUCCUGUUGGGCCCUUAGGAGCAGGUAGACGCCCCAUGCUCAUCAAGCAGGAGAACAUGAUGGGCAGCCCAGACGGAUACCCAGGAAACAUGGGACCAAUGAGUAGGGGCAUGGUUCCCCAGAGGUCCCCCAUGGGCGGGUCAGGGGACUGGGGCAUGAGUCGAUCCAGCGCCAGCCCAGUGGGCUCGGCGGGACACCCCUCCAUGAUGCGCCCAGGCAUGGAGUACAACAACAGCAAGGGCAUGAUGUCGGGGCCGAUGGUCGGCCGCUCCAACAGCGUACCGGGCACCAGGUCUAUGCUGCAGCAGCAGCUCAUGGAUAUGGGAGGCUCUGCUGACAUGGGCAUGGGUAUGAGCCCCUUCAGCCAGCAGGGCCAGUCCAACCAGUCCCCCUCCUGGCCGGACUCUAUAAUGGGCAUGGAGGGUAACAGACGCCAGUUUGGCAACACCUUAGACGACCUUUUGGUGCCUCCCACCACCAGCGAGGGUCAGAGCGACGAGCGGGCGCUUCUGGACCAGCUGGACUCUCUGCUGAAUAACACGGACGGCAUCGCUCUGGAGGAGAUAGACCGAGCCCUGGGCAUCCCAGACCUCGUCAGCCAAAACCAGGGGAGUGAGCAACAGAUGGAGCCGUUUCCGGGACAGGACCCGUCCAUGGUGCUGGACCAGAAGCCUAUCUACGGACAGGGCUAUCCCGGACCCCCCUCCAUGCCAUUGCAGUCCGGCUACGGAGGGAACCCCAUGCAGGCGCAGGCCCAGCAGGGUGGGUUUGGGCCCAUGCUGUCUCAGAUGGGCCAAGGUGGCAGCUUCCCCGGUAUGGGUGGCAUGGGCGGCAUGGGACACCCUCGUGCCAACAUGAUGAGACCCAGGAUGAUGACGGCCAACAAGCCCAUGAGGCUCCAGCUGCAACAGAGGCUGCAGGGACAGCAGUUCAUGAAUCAGACGCGGCAGGGAAUGGGCAUGAAGAUGGAGAACCCAGGAGGCAACCCUGGCAUGAGGCCCAGCAUGCAGCCUGGCAUGGGAGGGCAGAAAUCUUUGAUGCAACAUUCAAGUGACACAACUUCGCCGGGCUUCCUCAAUGCUCAGAUGAUGGCUCAGCGCAGCAGGGAGAUGGUCACCAUGCAGAUGAGGAGGCAGCGCAUGAUGAUGCUGAUGCAGCAGCAACAACAGCAGCAGGCGGCGGCGGCUGCUGCUGCAGCUGCUGGAGGGUUCAGUCCCCCUCCCAACGUCACGGCUCCUGGUGGCAUGGAGAACCCGAUGGGUGGACCGAGCAUGGGCCAGCCGGGCCCCCAGCAGUUUGGCUAUGGUGGGAGCUAUGGGAUGGCACAGCAGGGAGACCCCUCGUUCGGCCCAUCAGGAGCCAGUCCUCCUGGCGCCAUGAUGCCCGGCCGACUCGGGCCUCCAAACCCCAUGAUGCAACAGCACCCGCAGGGCGGUCCCAUGUACCAGGGGGCAGAGAUGAAGGGCUGGUCGCAGGGAGGCAUGGGACGCAACAGUUCGUACCCUCAGCAGCCGUUUGGGCAGCAGGGACCUCCAGGUCAGCAGCAGUUUGGGCAGCAGGGGAAUCCAGGCCAGUAUGGGGGCAUGAUGAUAAACGGGGGCAUGCCAGCCAGCGGAGGAGGCGGUCACAUGGGCCAGAUGGGAGGGCAGAUGGGUAUGAACCCAAUGGUGAUGGGACGCAUGCAGAUGGGGCCUGAUCAGAAAUACUGCUAAACAUCGUGACAGAAGCCUUUGUCUCACUGUGAUCUCCAUUCUGAGAGAGGACGCGGCUGCAGCACUGGAGUGUGUGUUGGAGGACCAGGCGGUGUGAUGUGAAUGUGUAGUGCUGCACUCCCACCAGAUGGGGGAGUGAACUUCCUUUGGACCCGAUGCCAGUAAUGGCAGUCUGGUGACCUGGGGGAAAACAGACAGACUGUCUCACACAGCAGCGUUUAAUUAAAAUCAGAAACACUGUGACACAUUUACACACACAUAAAUUCCCAUGACAGUGAGAUAAGACAGCUCUGUGAUUCCUCUCGUAGACUGUAGUUCAAUAUUCCUCUCCUUCUAAGCUGUGUGUGUGUGUGUGUGUGUGUGUGUGUGUGUGUGUGUGUGUGUGUGUGUGUGUGUGUGUGUGUGUGUGUGUGUGUGUGUGUGUGUGUGUGUGUGUGUGUGUGUGUCAAUCACACACCACUCGCUGGACCAAACAGUGAAGGUGGACACAGACUGGAACAUGGUCAAACGUGUGAAGACAUCCUCUCCUCUGUCGAAUGUACCAUGAAGCCGUGUUCAGAUUUAAUAAUGUAGAAUUCCUCUUUUGUUUCUGAACUUCUUGGGAUUUUUUUUAUUUUCAUUUUAGUACCCGUCGUCUCUGCUGCUCCUGGAGGAUCUCUGCGUAUGUUAAGUAAACGCGGCUCCAGAUGCGGAGCCAUCAGAUUGUGACACUCAGAUGAAUGUCAUUAAGCAGUAGCACAUUGUUUCCCCCUCCAGGACGCCGCUGGGCUAAAGUACGAGGGAAUGACUUGUUGGCUGAUUGCACUUUAAUGAAAGGCCAACAUCAAAAGGAUUGUGGCAAUAUAGAGGCCUUUACCCAAGAAUUAAUCCAUAGCAGCAGUUGUUUAUUUUAGUUUAUUUGUGUGUGUGUGUCUGUGUGUGUGUGCGUGUGUGUGUGUGUGUGUGUGUGUGUGUGUGUGUUCUCCAACUUUUCCUCUCUGGGUAAUGGGAGGCUGUUGAUUGGAAAUGAGUGAUGAUCUUUGUUCUAAAGUGGGAACCAGUAGAAAGGCGGUAAGCACAGAUUUUAUCCGACACUCUCUUCUAAAGCGGUACUGAUUUAUAACAACAAGAGAAACGAAGUGUUUUUAAAGUGAUUUUAAAAACACUCUUGAAACAAACAAGACUUCUAUUAAAGUUCAAAAACUCCACUUAUAUUUAUACAGAUUCACUAAUAUGAUCAUUUUAUCAUUCCAGAGGUCAUUUUUAAAUCCCGAUGUUGUAGAUAUUUUGGUUACCUCACACCAAUUUACAGUAUUACAACAAUUGCAGACAUACUAAUUGAUAGCCAAUUAUGAAAUGAUGUCUAUAUUUGCUCCCACUGUAAGAGAAAGUGGAUGUUAGAUUUCUAGCAAUAAUCCUUCCUCCUGGUUUUCCGCUGAGGACAAAGCUGAAGUAUCAUUUACUCAAAGCGACGGCACUGCAGUAUUAGACAUGAUGUCUCUUUGUUUUUGUUUUCCUUUGUCUGUGAAUAUGAAUUGUAAAUACGCUUCAAAUGUACUAUAUAUAAAUAUAUAUAUGCUUUUGUAGGUCACAUACUGUUUUUGCACAGAUUGUAAGGCUUGAUAUUUAAAAGUGUAAUUUUCUUAAUCCGUCAUAGGUUAGCUUUUAUUUUCAAUACUUUAACCAUCGGUUGGGAAAGGAAGGGCCUCCUCUUUGUAAGCAGUACGUGUAGAUUUCCUUUCAUACUGUAGCUUUCUCUUCUCAGAAAGCACCCUUUAUUUUUUUCUGAGGACAAAUACUUAGCUAAAGAGGUGCUAGUGUGUAAUCUUUUUUUUCUAAAUAAAUUAUUUUUCUUUUGACAAGAAAAUAGAAAACACAUGAUAUGCCUAGACAUAAAAAAUAGUUGACACAUGAUUGUGUUUGGCUUCUAGGGGCCCAGAUGUCUUACCAGUAUGUGGGGUUGAUUUUUCCUGAAGCUAACCUCAUGCUUCCAUAUGCGACUUGUCAGUUUCACUCCUGAGAUUUCUGUGCUUUGAAUUUUACAGAUAUGAUCGUCGGUUCUCAGAUGCAUAUUUGGAAAUCAACCCCACCGUUUUACUGUCCAUAAGUCCUUUAGGUUCGUUCACAGGCGGUUAAUCCUGAUGGCAGCAACACAUGAAGUAGUUUGAAUCCUUAUAACCUGUCAACUUUUUUUUCUUUCUUUUACAUUCAAGUUUGCCUUUAUUUUCAUUGUAUUUCCUGUGAAGCUUUUUGUUGAGAAAUCUACCUUUGAACACAUGCUCAAUCCAAAGAUUUUUGUUUGUCAUUCUGCAGUGCUUAGAAACAUGUUCCUUACGUAGAUCGUGCAAGUACUCAUGUGUGCUAUUACUGUCGCACAUAACCUAUAAUAUACAUUGAACUAAAUAUGUUUAAUUGCAUAUAUUAUAUCCCUAUCCGUCUGACGUAGAGUAGAGACGAGUCUGGUUCUGCUGAGGUGGUUUGGGUUUUUUGUUUGUGAUUGUUUCUUCCUUUCUGUAGAACUCAUGGCCAGUUGAUUUGUGGUGCUGCGAAGGGUUAUUUCCCAACAGAAUGUUGACAUUUUUUAAGUUACAAAGGAGGUUUCAUGAUUGAUGUCAUUAUGUCUCAGAAGAAUAGCCUGGAGUUGUUGUUUUUUUUUUCAACCCCAGUCUUGUUGAAGAAUAUGAAAUCUACAAAUAUAAACAAAAAAAAAAAGUCUGUGUUUUGCUUUAAAGGAAAUAAAUUCCUUUCAGUGCAUCUUUGGAGCUAAAGAAAAAGAGAAAGCACAUCUGGGAAACAUACAGUCAUUAUUACAGGAUGUAAAAUACUAUUGCAUUUUUUUCUUACCUUGUUUCUUGAUGUUAAUAUCGA